UUAUUACUUUCUGCAAUGUUUGCUCCGUGUCUGUCAAUUAAGAGAAAUCACUGGAGAAUUGAUGCAGCGGAAUCUUCGACCCCGAAAUAUUUUCUUCGCAGAAAAAUGGAUGUAUUGGGAUUUUUGAACACCCUAUCCCAAAUAUCUUCCAACUACUUUACUUGUAUCAAGAUUGAUGUAAGAAAAUCUUGCCAGAUGUGUAUCGAGCAAGACUAUUUCAUUUGUAUUUCUCAAUCACGAUCACUACCAGCGACAAAUACGAAAAUUAAGCAACAGAACUACGGAAAAGGGUUAAGGACGAGCGAAGAACUAGCAGUUAGGCAAAACCUGGCUUAGAUAGCAAAGCCAUAAGAAACGACAAUCGGACGCGGGCAAUGUCCAUGACCAAUGGUGCACCAAGGGCCGAUUAUCAAGAUGCAAAAGCAGAAACGGUGGCUGAAGAACGAGACUAAGAACUUCCUCUCUCUCGCGGCGCGAAUCGCACGCGCGGAUUCCCACG